ACAGCUGACACCAAACGAACCGUAACCUCCAACAUGCGCAGUCUACUGAUCCUCUCCGUUGUCCUCGCCGUGAUCCUCGGCGGACACGCCUACAGCUCCAGCUGGGGACGCCGCACCAACAGCGACUACCUGCUCUCUCGCCAGACGGAGAUCCGCAAUCCCAUCAAGAACAACUACUGGAACGUGAACGUUGAGUUCCCACGUGCCGGCACUGUCAACUACUACAACAUCUCGGCCAUCUUUGUCUACGACAACUUCAAGAACAGUUCCGGUGCCGCUCCCAGUCUGUGGUCCGGCGGUCCCGGCUACCGCUUUGCCACCAUCAACCUGCGCGGCCAAGUCAGCCGCGGCAUCAACUCCACCAUCGAGAUCUGGGGACGCUAAGUCUGGGAAUCUGGGAAUCUGCAAUAACCGAAUAAAACUCUAGCUUUGAUAUCAAAUGGAAUCGAAAAAAAACAUUUGUUUUUUAAUUAUAAUUGAUGUACUAGUACUAUAUCAUAAUCCCCCUUUCUAAAGUCCGCAAGACAUCAUUUGGUUUACUCUCCUAAGGUCCCUUGGUUUUAGAAAUGAUCUCUCGCUUUGCCUGCAAUAUACAAGGAGUAGCAAACAGGAGUUCGUUUUUAUCUGAACUCUUUGAGAUUAAAAACUUCAAAUUCGAAAGCAUUUUUCAAAAAUAUAUUGUGCACCUUGUUAUGUGGGUGCCCUAUCACUCUCCCUA